GAUCAUGUGAGCGCGACUCGCCGUCCGGUGGUGGUGCUGCUGCCGCCGUCGUCGUCGCCGCCGCCGCCGUCUGCGCCGUUGGUGCCGCUGGUGCAGCCCGCCGUGUGUAUCCCGCAUCGCGUGUCGCGCGUUCCCCGUACGAGGACUUUCGUACGCGUGGCCGUACUUAUCCCGCUGGUGCCGCUCGCCGAGACGUCCUCGCGUCCUCCGUUGGCCGCCCGGCGAGCGUCGUUGCGUCGUCCCGCCGCGGCAAUAUUCGGCCCGCCGCCGCCGUAUGGUCGUCGCGCGCCCAUCACCGAGGGGACAGCGUCAUCGUCGUCGUCGUCGUCGCCGUCGCCGUGCUGCCGAGUAUGCGGCGGCUGUUUCCCGCCGCACCGUCGUCGCCGUCGUCGCCGUCGUCGGACGCAGUGCAGUGCCCGCGCCGCCGAUUGUCACCGCCGUCGAUCGUAGCUGAGCGGAGACACACUGCGUGUCACCGAGGUGCGCCAAGGGACGCUCUACCGGUGAAUAGACUCGGACAAGUAAACUCCCGUGAGUUAUCGCGAUCGGUCCGUCGCUCGUUCGAGCCCGCUCGCUCAAUCCCUCAGGAUACUCCGGAGACUCGCGAUCAACCAGGUUACAGCGCGCACUUCUUCACUGUGCCUCGUCUCGGAUUAUCUUAAAACAGAAAAUAGAAGAAGUCUUGGCUAUGCUGUUGAUCCCGAUGCUCGGACGAAUUUUUUUAUGACUGUACUACAUUUACUUGCGAUGUGUUAGUAUAUAAGUUAAAAAAAAUAGUGGAAAUAACCUUGAAGAAAUUGUGAUAAAAAUUAUGUUAUGAGAGGGAACAUCGUAGAGUGUAUACUGGACAUUGCCAAACAGGAGAAUCUGCUAAACGUAUACCAAGCGAGGCACCAGUAGUGCCAAGCUUGGGUAAUGGAUCCCGUUGGUCCAUGGUACACGUCGUAUAAUCGUCUAACCGUGGGUGGCUCCACCGGAACGUUUCAAACAACAUCGACUACAACCGGUGACUUUGUACCUCAUCAUUUGACAACAGCUGUCACACAGGCGGGGCCGUCAACAACGACGUCACAAUUACUCCUGCAGGCGGCUCACACGACAGCAACUCUGGCGGGACAGCCGUCUCCUUUCAACCCAGGGGGGUUUCUAUCUCCACCCCCCGUGGGCUACGAAGUCUUCUCACCUUUGUUUCAUCCCAACAGUAAGCAGGCACAUUAUGUUACCCAACAUAGGCAGGUACUCGCUCAAGCUCAAGCAGUAUCGGCGACGAAACAGAACACCACAACUGAAUCCGAUAUCUCUGGGUUGAGAGAGAAUUACAGCUCGGCUCAUCAAGCUACAUUUUUCGAGCAACAGGGAACGUCGACGUCACCUACGACAUCGACCCUGGCCUGGACGUCUCAGAACAAUACGCAACUUCCUAGCCCGUUCGGCAUUUUACCACACGAGAGCGUUGUUCCAUCGUCCCCGGGUCCGCCAUCUACAAAAUCUAGUGGCACUGGUUACGAAAACACGUUUAACACUCAUUUUAGUACAACGCAGACUAUAAACAACAUUAACGCGUCUCAAAUAACCAGUCCGUCUGCGUGCAAUGCAGAUUUCAAGGCGUCCGGCUGUCCGACCGACGCAAAAAAGCCGAUCAGCGUAAGAUCUCAAUCGCCCACCGCUAGCAUCAAAUCUACCAUUUCCACAUCACAAGUCAGCAAUAGUCAAGCAUUCUUUCAUCAGGUUCCAACGUUUAGUUCUGACACCUUGACCGACAGUUACUCGGGCGGUAGUAAUGGAAGUCAGUCCGUCACUGAAAAUGAAAAGGUGCAGUCAUCGUUACAGCAUCAGCAAUCGUGUAUCGUAUCGACGCCGAGCAAUCCUUCCGGUAAGGAAUACAGAUUACCGCAACCGUCCUCGAGAUCGACCACGUCGACAACGAUUUUUCUGAGCGCUCCUGUGCGGUCAAGCUCCACGCAAGUGGUUCAGGAUAAGCAGGGAACGCGCAAUGGCAAUUUUGCAUCGCCGCCCAACAAAGCGGCGGCCACCGCCGUGACGCAGCAAAAUAUUCAGACCAAAGCACAGACCAAGAUUUAUCCGGACCUGGGGAGCCACGGAAUUGAGCACAGACGAAACGAGCAACAAGGACAUGAUAACAGUCAGUCGUCCCCGAUUAGUUUCUCCAUCAUGGAAAGUCGCAAUUUGAAUUAUACCGCAAAUAACACUAAUUGCAAUAACACCAACGGCAAGCUUACGAACAACCAGAGAGCAUCAUCUAACAGCAACUUGCAGUCGCAUCCUCAGCAGCAACAGCAACAACAAACAUUUCAUGUUUUGAAUCAGCAACAACAGCAGCAACAGCAGCAACAGCAGCAGACUACAACUUAUAGACAUUAUUUGACAGGCUCGACAAGCGACACGGAAUAUCAUCAUCCGGGCAGAUCCAAGUCUGCGACAUCGACGGAUUCUGCUUAUUCGUCUAAUACUUCGCAAAAUGGACCCGAUUGCAAUGUCGUUGUCCCACGACGACCAAGUCCUCUGCAGACUCACUCGCAAGCUAGUCCCUUGGGUCACGUACCAAGUCCGGCAUAUCCCAUGUAUAAUAGUCCGAUGGCAACCAUGUCGUCACCAUCACCACUGCAACAGCACGAGACCAACGGCAGUCAGUGCACCAAUGGCGCGUCAUAUAAAGGCGGAGUCACUCAACAAGUCGCUCCGCCGUCGCCUUUGGACGUCACUGUUCCUAGACCGGCGUCACAGGGACAGGUAGUUUACUCGUCGGUGAUCACGCGAGCACUGGGCACUACGGAAAAUAAUAAAACGGCUUACACAGAGAGUAAGACGUACGAUAGGCAACAGCAGCAGCAGCAACAGCAAGACUUCUCGCAAACGCAAAAGCAACAGGUCUGUUGGGAAAGUGACAAUCGGCAAGCAACGAAUGGCAACAGGAAGUUUUCCGUCUACACUGGCGCGAAUACGGCGACCAGCGACAUGAAUGCACAGAGUUUGCCUGUUCAACAGCAAGUACAAAGGCUUAUGAAUGUAUCAGCGGACAGACAGCAAUCGUAUUUCGAGCCUAAUCAAGUGCCGCUGCAAGAUUUAAGCAGCUGCAGGGGAGACCCGAUGAGCAUCGUGAAAAAUUUACAAACGCUGCAGCAGGGUCCAUGCUUGCAACAACACACGACCGUUGCUACCUCAGUUGUUGCCACGGCGGAACAGCAGAAGCAGGUCGAGGAACGGCGAAAGGCCGAUAACGUCAAUAAAAAGAGGAAAAAUUUGGAAAAGAGUGGGCACGGUGCGCCAUUAUCUAAUGAACUUACAGGUGGCACGACGAUGACGGAAUACCUCAGUAGGAUACCUCCGCCCGCGCAUCACAAUGCGGCGAAUCAGCAGCAACAAAACGGCUACUUCGAAUUCGAACGAUGGAAUUUACCGCCACCGACCGCCAAGAUGUUUCCUACCGCAUCCAGCGCCUUCGGUUCUCAGUCGUCGUUGCACCACUCGAGUAAUUUCGUGGGCACCCCGGCUCACCAACAUCAGUCAUUGAUGGUAUCGCACCAUCAUGCGCCACCGCCUAUUCCAUACUUUCCGGCUUUUCAUAUUCCCGCGGGUCAUCAUCCUCAUCACUCGCAUGACUUCCAAUCCUCGGUCGAGAUAACGCCAAUAGGAUUCAGUGAGAACACGAAUCAAAACGCCAAUUACAAUCAAGAGGUCAGAGACGAUCAGCCUAAAGUAAUCGUUCCUAAUAUCGAGGAGGAAUUAGGUUUCCUUCAGCAGGACGAGUUGCUGAUGCAGAAUCAAAUAAAUAAGGAUUUCAAACGGUCCAGUAGAGAUCCUAAUACGGGAUUUAUGACGAGUUAUUUGAAGUUUCUGCAAGGUGAAAGGGAUCCUUCUCCACCACCUGCUAUACGCGGCGGUAGGAAAGCAACGUGGAAUAGGUCAAAGCCGUAUAUACCUGCUGAGCCGAAUAAAUCUGCGGAAGCUGCGAUUAACGGUGAAAGUGUUAAAUCUCAAGAGAAGCCGGCGUUGAUGAAGGAGGCAUCGGUCAAGGAAACACCGGCAAUAGAUUACGCCAAUGAUCCUAGGUACUUUCCAUUGCCGAAAGAAAGGAAGAAGUUAAAUUUCGAUUCGAGCGACGAUGGAUUUACUAGUGACGAUGAUUUUCCAUUUCCUCCUAAGAAAACGGAAAAAAAGGUGCAGAAUGUAAAUAAUACGAGUAAUGUCGAAGUUGUUACUGUAAAACCGGAAGGAAAAGGUAAAAAAGGCCGGCCUAUCAAACCUGGUGGACCUACAGAUAGAAAGAGAAGAGCUGCUGCAGCAGCGGCGGCGGCGGCUGCGGCAGCAGCAGCUGCAGCAACGGAAAUAGAAAAGAAAUCUUCGAAGAAAAUUGAAGAAGUGGAUCCUUUACUUCUUCCUCCCAGACGCGAAACAUCGAGGAGAAAGGCAAAAGAGAAAACAUCAGCGAAACAAUUUUUAGAUCGACAACAGGGUAUAGAUUAUUUCGAUAACGAUGAGGAACAGGUAGAUUCCGAUUCUGAUCCAGCAUGGACACCCGCUGUAAAAUUGGUUGGGGAUGAAGAAGAGAAAAGGAAAAAACGCGCGAGGCCCGUCAUCACUAAAAAGAUUAGGAAGAUGUUAGAAGAGGAUGGUUAUUCAUCCGGGGAAGUUAUUGUCUCAAAAAAAUCCACAAGGAAGAAGCACGAGAUAUCCUCAAAAAGUUCCAAUAAUUCCGGCAAGCUUUCUUGCAGAAUUGAUGAAAAAUUAGUAGCGGCAGCAAGUGAUGAAGAUAUUGAUAUCUCGCCAUUUAAGCAUUUGAUAGGCAACUCAGAAGACGCGUCUGGCGAAUUUGUCGUGAUCAAAACAGACUUGGAUGAAGAAGAAGAUCCUCCUCUUUGGAGGAUAGAUGGUAAAACAUUGCUCCAAAAAUACCAGCCAUUCAAAUCCAAUGGAAAAACUUUAUACAGAAACAUACCUACGUAUUCUGCAUGGGUUUCACAAAAUCGUCAUAUAUAUCAACAAGUGCCAGUGAAAUUUUGGCAGCAAGGCAAGACAGAAACAAUUGUGGAAUUUUUGAGAGAUGAGAUGAUCAUUGAUGACAGUGAGAACAUAGAUAAAUUUAUGAAAGAUACCGAAAGAUAUCAAGAUAAUUUUGAAGUAUACAUACAGACAUUAAUCUCACAAGCUUUGGAUUCUAAUUUUCUUACUGAAAUAUUUCAAGAACAAGAUGAUUAUUUUCUAUCAAAUGUUAAGACUGUCGAUGAAAUAACAGAAGAAAGAAAACGUCGUCUUUUAUUUACAACUAAGUGGAAAGCAAAUGUCGUGACAGCAAUAUCAACAUGGCCGUGUGUUAAUGUGCUUAAGGAUUUAUCGCCAUCAGAAUAUAAAGGGAAAUUCUGUGCUGGUUGUCAGCAAGCAAAAAUCUAUGCAAGAGUUUUACUUUAUGGACAACCGUAUAAUGGUACUACAUUAGAAGGCUCGCCACCUGAUCCAAAAAUACCUCAUGAAAAAGACUUUUUGUUGUGCCGUAUUUGCCAAAAAAAGGUGGCCUUGUAUAAUAAAGUCGCUCAUCAAAAAUAUCUAAUGUUUUUGGAAUGUGCAAGAAGAGUGGCAGAUAAAAAGGUAGCUGAUCCGAAUAAGGAUACCACAAUAAUAUUAAACGAAUUAUUAGCAGAUGAAGCAUGGUUGAAUCAACUCUUCAAAGAAGUAAGGAGUAUUUGGGCUGAAAUCGAUAGCAUGGAGCAGCAAGCUAAGGCUAAAGCAAAAGUGAAAUCAAAAGCUGCACUGUCGUCAUCAGUCAAGCAGUAUCAAAGGGCAGAGACAGUAGCAAGUGCUCCUAUUGUACUUACGUCUAAAAAGACUGCUGAUAAUAUUUCACAGGUGCCUAUACAUAAUACUGAGAAUAAUCCCCAAGUAGUAUCUAGUGACAUGCAGAUGAGCAGUGAACCAUCUUAGUGGUAUUAUAAUAGCUGUUUACAUUUAAAACAAAACGCAUCAAUUAACAGUUCAGUGAUACAUUUAAUAACACAUUGGUGUGAUAUUUCUACACUAAUGUCGAUAUCAAUCAAACAGUGAGAGAGAGAGAGAGAGAGAAAGAGAGAUCUUGCGCGCGCAUAUACACACAAUUACACAAAAUGCACACACAUACACACAUAUACACACACAGCAGACACACACACACGCGUAUGCACGCACAUGUAUAUACAGAAACUAUAAGAUACGAUCGAAAAAUACAACCGAGAGACUAUAAUUAUAAAAAUCAUGUGUGCAUGUGUUAGAUAAAUAUGAGAGACUACACACAUGUGUAAGUACACCAAGCAUAUGUAACAUAUUCAUAUUUGGUACAGGAGUUUAGCUCUAUCCGAGAUUUGCCAUUAAUAGCAUAAUGAUAGCAUAAUAA